AUGCCGAGAGUGACGGAUUCCCCUACAUCUGUUUCACAUGGUAAACAAAUGAGUGACCGUGAGGGUGUUCUGGAACUGAGCUACAGUUACGAUAUCAAAAGUGUACAUAACGGAAACGAUGAUCCAAAAGGCUUUGGCCAUAUUUGUAUAUCUGUGGACAAGGUACCGGCUGCGUGCGAGAGGCAUGCCGAUGCUGGGUACAGAUUGCUAAACGAUCAUAUGGCGACCACUGACAUGGAGACUUAUAAGGACAAGGACGAGUCACUCGAAUUUUACCAGGAGAUCUUCGACAUGACGUUGAAACAUACAACUGAACAUGCUGAGGACGGGUUCAAUUCUUACUUUCUUGGUUACGGCAACUAUGAAAACGAGGGAAAAAGUCGCGAUGCCGAUGGCGCCUCGUACGCGCGAGACGAAGGCUUGUUGGAGCUGACUUGGCAUUUUGGGACCGAGAAUGAAGAUAGCAAGGUAUAUCACAGCGGUAACAGUGCCCCGGAAGGCUUUGGACACAUUUGCGUCUCUGUGGACGACAUCACAGCCACUUGUGAAAGAUUUGACAUAUUGGGUGUCUCCCGGCAGAAGCGUCUUAUGGAUGGGCCGUUCCGGGUCGCCUUUAUCUUCGACUCCGAUGGUUAUUACAUAGAAAUAAUCCAGAACAAAAGAUAUAAGCCAGCGGGACAUGAAGUUCAGGGCAAACAAUUUUCUCCUUAG